CGUAAAAAACAUCAACAUCGCUCCAUUCAGAUUGCCAUCUUUUUGUCUUAAUAAGAUAUAGUGCCUUUUCAGUGAAAGCAACGUUUUAUCAUUGAAUAUAUGCAUCAUUUAACGUCAAGAAAACUCGACCACGCAGUCUUCAUGUUUGAGGUCACACAGACCAUCAUGGCGGUACAUCUUCCGCUAGUGAUAGCAAUCACUCUCCUCAUCUUCAUAACCAUCAUGCUGAUAAUAGCCUGUGUCUAUUGCUGCAGGGGAUCUCAACCAAGGCGUCGCCAAAAGUUUGACUCUCAAUCAGCAGCCUUUGUAACCCGAGCUAUGGCGCCUGUUCCAAACAGAGAUGAUUUUCCAUCUUUGAUCAGCAACAAAUAGACGCCUCGAUCUACUGCGCAUGCUCCAAAUAGAGAUUUCUAACCUUGAUCAGCAACAAAUAGACGCCUCGAUCUACUNAUGCUCCAAAUAGAGAUUUCUAACCUUGAUCAGCAACAAAUAGACGCCUCGAUCUACUGCGCAUGCUCCAAAUAGAGAUUUCUAACCUUGAUCAGUAACAAAUAGACGCCUCGAUCUACUGCGCAUGCUCCAAAUAGAGAUUUCCUAAACCCAUCUCGUACUUAGAGCCUUUGUUUCUAACUAGUGCUCGUGCUCAACGAAACAUACGCAGUAAGAAAUAUGGGCUCUGGGUACGAGAUUGUUCUAAAUUUCAUAAGCAAUAUUUAAUGCGCAUGCUCCAAAUAUCAUUCGUUUUAAAACUAUUCGAUCUAUCGUGACGCUAAAAACCCAGCCUUUCCUGAUCGAAGUAGAAAGUGCAAUGGUAACGAAUUAAGGCCGCACGAAAUUCUGGGGCUGUGUGCUUCGAAUGUGACUCAACUCCCAUGAUCCCGCUAAGGUUAUUUUCUUAGAAAUAAAUUUUAAAAUUUCCCGAAAUCAUCACUCCAGUGUUGAUUCAACACAUUGAUAUCGACUUUGGCCAAUCAUUGAAAUUUAUUAAUUGCAAUAGAUUAAGAGUUACGCCGGCAUGACUGUCUAUCAAAGCACAUGGUACAGACGCGUCUUGCCGUUACUAUGACGGUACCGUAUUCGAGAAUAUUGAUUGGCUGUCGUCUCGAGAGGUGGGAUUGGUUCAACGGAUCGUACCGUGCCGUGCGCUAUACGUAAAAAGGACGUAAAAGUGGACGUAAAAUUGAAAAAAGUCCAUUUGAUUAAAUAAUUAAUAUUCGCCUUAAUUUAAACUUUUUUUUUUUUGUUUUUUUGUUUUCUCCGCGUGAAAACGAGUAUAGUCGCUUAGAUGCUCAGUGCUUUCGACACAUUUAUCUUCCCUCUGCAAAAAUCAAUGAUUCUAAAUUCGAGUUCAAUUAUAGCUACCGUUAAAAGUUUAAACGAAAGCCUCAAUCACUCCAUGCGUUUUGCGUUUUAAACAAAAAAAUAAAGUUCUAGAAAAAAGUUUUUGAUACUUGAGCUUCACAGGGUAGUUUUAACGGCUCACUGGACGAGAAAAGGAAUACCUGUUGAACGAUUUUCCACACAACAAUCACCAGCUAUCUUCUAAAUAAUGUAGUCAACCUUUAACCGAGUUUUCUCGACUACAAACAGGUUUUGUAGUCUUGCACAAGAUCCAAAAUUCGACUGUAUGUAUGUAUUGUUUUGGAUUUUAAGCACGACUUUCAAAGUAGAACGCGACGUUUAAAAAAGUUGUUUUGACGGAAAUGACAAAUUUUGAUUGCAGUGAUGCAUUGCGCUAAAGGGCAUCUAUCUCUGUGAUCUAACGAUCUUAUGUCAUAAUCUAUUUGCUUAACGCUCCAAUAGUUUUCUUUAUGAAUAAUAAAAGAGAUUUCCCCAACACCAUCACAGCCGUCCGACACAUUUUACAACAGCUUAGAAAGAAACUAACUUUAACGAGAAACAAGAAGGGAAUCAAGCUUGGACCUUAAAUCUAACAUGCAGUACUUAAGACCAUUAUUUGUACUGGUUCUUGUUGCCAUAGUAACAUCAGGUUUUGCUCGACAUAUCAAAAAAGGUCAUGUGACUCACAAAGCAAAGAAACAAGGGGGUUCCCAUGGCAACAGUGCAAGCACAUCCAGCAAAAAAUCUGGCGAUUUCGGAUUCGAAGGAGUUCCCGGAUCCAUGGGAGACUCAAUGGGAGGUUUUGGAGGCAUGGGUGGCGGGAUGCCCGGAAUGGGAGGUGGAAUGGAAGGAAUGGGUGGAAUGGGCGGAAUGGGCGGUGGAAUGGGUGGAAUGGGCGGUGGAAUGGGUGGAAUGGGGGGUGGAAUGGCUGGAAUGGGAGGAAUGGGUGGUAUGGGUGGUAUGGGAGGCGGAGAUAUGUCUAUGGGGUUCAAUGCGGGAACGACCUCGAUUGGAGGAGCUGGAGGUGCCACUAUGGAAGGACCAAUGGGAGGUGCUGGAGGAAUGGUGCCAAUGGGUGGCAAUGGAGAAGGUGCUUUGAUGGGAAAACAGUUCAUUGAAAGUGCCGAAGGAGGUACGUGA